CUGCGGUCUGUGAACUUCACUGACCUCAAAACAAGCGAGAAACUCCCUCACCGCAACGAGCUUCACCGCGCUUGGAUUUUACAAAAGUGGGUGAAUGUACAAUCCUUGGCAGUGUUCUGAGACUGUACAAUCACUUUUGCCCUGCUGGUGGACUUUACUGCAUUUUCACGAUCAAUUGUGCGUCUUUUUCUGUUAUUUAACGCGAGUGUUUGCGGUGGUUUGGAGCGUGUUCUGUGUGCACAGAGGUCUCACUGCUGACGAAUUGCGGGAAUUACGAGGGGACAGAGAGAUGACAGCUGAGAAAGAGAAGAAGAGGUGCAGCUCAGAGCGACGUAAGGAGAAAUCCCGUGAUGCGGCGCGUUGCAGGCGCAGUAAGGAGACGGAGGUGUUCUAUGAACUUGCCCACCAGCUGCCCCUCCCACACAGCAUCAGCUCACACCUGGAUAAAGCAUCCAUCAUGAGACUGGCCAUCAGCUUCCUGCGGACACGCAAACUCCUCACCUCAGGCUGUGUUGCUGCCACAGAGACGACAGAUGUAGACAGACUGAUGGACAGUUGGUAUCUGAAGUCACUGGGCGGCUUCAUUACCGUGGUAACAUCAGACGGAGACAUGAUUUUCUUGUCAGAGAACAUCAACAAAUUCAUGGGUCUCACACAGGUGGAACUAACAGGGCACAGCAUCUUUGAUUUCACUCACCCCUGUGACCAUGAAGAGAUCCGUGAGAACCUCAGCCUCAAAGCCGGCAUGGGAAAGAAAGGCAAGGAGCUGAACACCGAGCGGGAUUUCUUCAUGAGAAUGAAAUGCACAGUCACGAAUCGCGGGCGCACUGUCAACCUCAAAUCAGCCAGCUGGAAGGUCCUGCACUGCACAGGGCACCUGAAGGUGUGUAACGGCUGUCCCGCACGAGUUCUCUGUGGUUUUAAAGAACCGCCGCUCACCUGUGUAGUCAUGAUGUGCGAGCCCAUUCCCCAUCCAUCAAACAUCGACACACCGCUCGACAGCAAGGCGUUUCUGAGUCGCCACAGCAUGGACAUGAAAUUUACUUACUGUGAUGACAGAGUUACUGAGUUGAUGGGUUACAGUCCUGAAGAUCUUCUCGGUCGAUCUGCAUAUGACUUCUACCACGCUCUGGACUCAGACAACGUCACCAAAAGCCACCAGAACCUGUGCACCAAAGGCCAGGCGGUGAGCGGUCAGUACAGGAUGUUGGCUAAGAAUGGGGGCUAUGUGUGGGUGGAGACCCAGGGUACCGUCAUCUACAACAGUCGCAACUCCCAGCCCCAGUGCAUUGUGUGCGUGAACUACGUGCUGAGUGACGUUGAGGAGAAAUCCAUGAUCUUCUCUAUGGAUCAGACUGAGUCUCUGUUCAAGCCUCACAACUUGAACAGUUUCUUCAGUCCAAGCAAAAGAUCCCUGGGCAGUGAUCAAAGUGAAGCGCUCUUCACCAAACUCAAAGAGGAGCCUGAAGAUCUCACCCAGCUUGCACCUACACCGGGUGACACCAUCAUCUCUCUUGACUUUGGUCAGCCCCAGUAUGAGGAGCACCCAAUGUACAGCAAAGUGUCUUCUGUUGCUCCUCCUGUUUCUCACUCUAUUCAUGAUGGCCACAAGACAAGCUAUGCUGGAGACAUGCCCAAGAUGGCCGCCACCUUCUCUGUGCCCCAAGCUCCGCCUCCCAGUAGUGCAACUCCCAGCCUAAGCAGUUGCUCUACGCCCAGCAGCCCCGGAGAUUACUACACCCCAGUGGACAGUGACCUGAAGGUGGAGCUGACUGAGAAACUGUUUUCAUUGGACACACAAGAGACAAAGGCUUCCUGCAACCAAGAGAAUGACUUGAGUGAUCUGGACUUGGAGACACUGGCUCCUUACAUCCCCAUGGAUGGUGAGGACUUCCAGCUCAAUCCCAUUUGCCAGGAGGAGCCAGCAUCUGAAAUUGGAGGCCUGGUAACCAACCAGCAGAGCUUCAGCAACAUCACAAGCCUCUUCCAACCCUUGGGGUCACCUUCAGCUGCCCACUUCCAGCCCAACAUGAGUUCAGGAGGGGAUAAGAAGAGCAUCAGCGGAGGUUCUGUAGGGUCAUGGCCAUCCAUUCCUUGUAGCAGGGGCCCCAUGCAGAUGCCUCCUUACCAUGAUCCCGCCAGCACCCCGCUGUCCUCUAUGGGAGGGCGUCAGAAUCUGCAGUGGCCCCCUGACCCUCCGUUACCCAGCAAGGCUGGAAUGAUGGAUCCUUUAGCUGCAAAGCGCUCUUGCCAAACCAUGCCAGCAAAUCGAAUGCCACUUUAUUUGCAAAGGCCCGUGGAGAACUUUGUGCAGAACUACAGAGAUAUGAGUCCAGCUCGACUUGCUCUCACUAACGGUUUCAAGCGCUCGUUCACGCAGAUGACCAUGGGUGAGUCACCCCCCACUAAGUCACAACAGACACUGUGGAAGAGACUUAGGAAUGAGAGCUGUGCCGUUAUGGACAGGAAAUCACUCAGCACUAGCGCUUUGUCAGACAAAGGCAUGGCCCAUAAUAGAGGCAUGGACCACCAGCACAGGAAGACCCAGUAUUCGGGUAAUCAGACCGGACAGGCAGCAAAGUGCUACCGAGAACAGUGUUGUAACUACAGAGAGUUCAGCAUGCAGCCUUCCUCCAAAAUGGAUGGAAUUGCGAGUCGUCUUAUCGGGCCCUCCUUCGAGACCUACUCUCUGCCUGAACUGACGCGUUACGACUGCGAGGUCAACGUCCCGUUGCAAGGCAAUCUUCAUUUGCUGCAGGGCAGUGACCUCCUAAGAGCAUUAGACCAGUCCACUUAGACCAGUUUCUACACUAGCCCACAGAAAUGCAAUCCCUCUUUACCCGACCCUAUCGCUCAUCUCACCCUCACAAACCUGACAAUAACCAUCCCAGCUUUAGCGCACCUCAGCUUGUACACAGACAUGCUUAUACACCCCCUCACAGGCAUACCUACCUGACUGCAUACAUGACAAAUGUAGCUUUGAUUCUAUUUUUAUUGUCUACAUCUUCAUAAAUUAUAUACAUGUACUAUUUUUUUUAGUUACAAGAACGUUUCUGAAUGAAUUUAAGUAUUUUUGGAGAAGUUUAAAUGUUGUGUUGUCUUCAGCUGGCUGUGUGUUCCUCUGCUUGUCAGAUGAUUUCAUUGAAGCUGUUUUUUAGCAUAUUUUCCUCAUCUCUUUCUCUAUCAAUGUCACACAAAAAAGAAAGAAAAAAAAUCUACUGUAAGCUACUUGUUUUUAAAUGUUCUAAUUUCUUUCAUUUGUUCUAACUUUCCUACCUCUGGCACAUAAUUAAAGACCCCAUGAAAUAUAAAUGUCAGUUUUGAGCUUGUCUUCACUCUAGUGCGGUGGUUCCCAAUUUGGUGUCCAAGGUGUGUGUUCAAGCCACUUUAUUCAAUAAAUAUUAAUAAUAGUUUUCCUUCCACUCGCUUCUCAACUCUUCCCUCACACAAAUGUGUUCGCUCUAAAUGAAGAGUUGCCAGAUAUCACAAAAAAGCAACCUGAUUUAAUACAUACAGUGACCUCAAUUAUUGUGCUUUUGGUAGCAGAUAGUAUUCUCAAAACAAGCCCCUUAAAAAUGCAUUAUAAUAAGCAGAAAUGGCAAAACUGUACCAGAAAAAUAAGGGAAAGAUAUUACCAGUAUUCUACUAAAUUAAAAUGCAAGAAAUGUAAUAUAUUAUGAAUAAAAUAGUUCAAUGUGAAAUAUUAUUGAAAACGAUCAAAUGACAUGGAUUAUUAUAAUAAUUCAACACAUUAAAUACGUAAGAAGAGUGGCUUUAAGGACAUAAGGUUGGGAAUCACUGUGCAAGUGUACUACUAAAAUCUAGACUUUUUGGGGAAAAUGGAGAAAAAUAUUGAUGACAUCAUCCUGUACUACAACAAUUUUUGUCCAAUCAGAUUCUCUGAAUGAACAUUUCCUUCUCUGUGCAAUCAGCUAGUAAAUAGCAAAUCAUGGUUCAAGACUGUAACAUAACAAAGCCAAUUUAAAAAUAUAUAUAUAUAUAUAUAAUAAUAAUCCUUCAAUAUUUCCAACCCAAACUUCCUUUUUCAGCAGGAAAACUGUGCCCGCAAUUCAUUUCAUGGGGUCUUUAUGCCUUGUCUUCACUGACCACUUUCAAUGUUAAUGUUAUUCAUGUGCCUUUGUUCGAUUUGUGGCAAUACUGUGUUUCUGUCUCUGAUCUGGUUUAUUGCCUUAUAGUGCAGACCACUUUAAAUACAUAUAUUUUUGUCAAUUUAGCUGUAAACAUACAUAUUUAAAGGAAGAUGCUCUAAGAUUUCUACUAUAGAUUUCUACUUUGAUGAUAACGUUAAGCAUUUAAUUGUUCUGGUACUUUGUCUUGUCUACUCAGUAGAUGUGAAUCAGAGUCCUUAUAGAGUCUGCAGUGCUGGUGUCCUGUGUUCGUUCUUGGUGGCAUUUUUCUGGAAAUAUGCAAAUGCAUAUUACAUUUCUUGGCAGGCCAGUACAGUUGGGUUCAAAAUUUGGAGUUUUAAUAUAAAAAAAAAAAAAAAAAAUCUGUUUUAGAUAUGUUAUGUAGCAUAUUGGAUCCUUAAAAGAGUUUAAUCUUAGUGAUCUUUUGCAUUGUUUGAAGAUGGUGCUUCAUGCAGUCUGACCCAUAUGCAUACUUAGAUAAUAACAUUAACUGUCUUUUUAUUUGAAUUGCCCUUAGGUUAUCUUUAAAGUUGAAUCAUAAAGCAUCCAAAUUGUCUGUUGGGUAUGACCUUUGCAAUAUGUAGCAAUGUAGCAAGAACUGUGGUUGUGGAUUUUUUUUUUUUUUUUCCUGUGCUGUAAUGCUUAAACACGCAUUCACAGAGAACUUUAGAUCUUCUGUUAAAUUCUAGCACAAAUCUAAACCCCUGGUGGAAAAAAACAAAACAAAAAAAAAAACAGUGACAUAUUGCUAAGAUUUUAUGUAAUUCAAGGUACAAAGAUAAGGUUUGGCACACAAUCCAGUAUUUAAAGUAAUAGCCAGAUUUGUGACCAGACUGGAGAUGUGUUGCUUUAUGGUGGAUUAGCUGUGUGAGACUGUGUCUGAGAGAGUGGCUAUGCACAACUAACAAAGGUAAUUCAUCACAGGAGUGAAUGGCACAAAAUCUGUCCAGGUCAUAUUUCACUCCAAAAAAAAAAAAAAAAAAAAAAAAAGCAGUAUGUUCUGCUGAUUUCAAUUUAUACUCUUAUAAAAUUUAAUGAGAAUUAUCACUGACAAAUAAUGGGAAUUACCAAAUUUGUGACCCUGGACCACAAAACCAGUCGUAUGGGUAGAUUUAGCUAUUUUGGCAAUAGCCAACAAUACAUUGUAUGGAUCAAAAUUGAUUUUUCUUUUAUGCCAACAAUUAUUAUUUGGAUAUUAAGUAAAAAUCAUGUUCCAUGAAGAUAUUUUGUAAUUUUCUUACCAUAAAUAUAUCAAAAAUGUAUUUUUGUAAGUAGAUAUGCAUUGCUGAGGACUUCAUUUGGACAACUUUUUUUGCACCCUCAGAUUCCAGAUUUUCAAUAGUUCCAGAUUUUCAAAUAGUUGUAUCUCGGCCAAAUAUUGUCCUAUCCUAACAAACCAUACAUCAAUGGAAAGCUUAUUUAUCAUCAGCUUUCAGAUAAUGUAUAAAUCUCAAUUUCAAAAAAUGUACCCUUAUGACUGGUUUUGUGGUCCAUGGUCACAUUUAAGGGGAAUGUCAUGAAAAUAAUGUCACAAUGCUCUACAUAUACAGUGCUGGGUAGUAACUGAUUAUAUGUAAUCUGGAUUACAUAAUCAGAUUCCAAAAAUUACUUGUAGUCCAAAAUUACAAGUACUCCGAAAAGUACUUGUAAUUAUAUUAAUUUUAAAAUGCUCUGAUUUAAAUCAGAUUAAAGUUAUUUUUUUUAUUGAUUUUAUAUAUUAUAAACACAGUAAAUUAUUCAUAAUUUAUUGAUUUUUCCCUAUUUUACAUGUCUCUUUACAUUGUCAUGCAGGAAAACAAAUAAAAUGUACAUUUUCUUAGUGAGUGUGUUUUUGUUUUUAUUUUAAAGUGAUUUAUUGCUUUAUUUUACAUAAUUAUGAUUUAAUUAAGUAUUAGAUUUUCAUCAACUCACGAACCCCUAAAGCACUUUGUUAUAUAUUUCUCUUUGUAUUUUUAUGUCUCAAUGUGGUACAAAAUAAUCUUAUUCAAAUCUAUGUGAUACAUGAGUUAGGUCAAAAGUAAUCUAAAACUAAUCAAAUAGUGGUCAGAUGGUAUAUUACCUAAAAUGUGUAAUCUAAAAGAUUACGCCACUAACUACAAUCAGUAAUCAGUAAAGCGCUACAAUUUGUAAGUAAUCUACCCAGCACUGUGUAUAUAUAAUUUUGAGGUAAAAUGUGACCUGGUCAUGUUUUAGUGAUAUUUACUCAGACUUUAAUACUUAACUGAAAUGUGCAUGUUCACUAUAGGUUCUAACAUGUCUUAUGUGGCUUAUAGGUAUUUUAACUCCUUGAACUAUCCAGAUGUUACAGUAAGUCAGAGAUUUAAAACUAGAUUUCACAGACUAGAUUUUGAUGCUCAAGACUCGCAGAUUGACACUCCUAUCUGGUUCAGUGAUAGACAGUUACAGUAGACACAAUACAAGAGUAGGAGAGAGACCGGUAGACAGAUAACAGGUGUCCGAGCUGUGAGGGACAGACAAAAAGAUAACACAUGCUCAGCCUGUCCACUGAUGUAGAUCUCUCCAGACUUUUCCUCAAGAUGGAUCACUCUUUGUGUCUAGGGAAAACUAUAUUGUUGGGUGAAAUUUUGAAUAUUUCCCUGAAUAAACCAGAUACAUCUAGACUGAAUUGACUAUUUUAUGUCUGGGUCAAAGAAAAUCAUAUGCUUUUAAAAAGUAAAAUGUUUAGUAAAUGGCAAUAAUUUCAUAUUUAAACUGUUACAGGUGCCUUAACACAAGCAAAUCUAGGUCACUGCCCAUUUAGUCACUCAAAAACUAAGCUAUAAAGCAAUGCAGUAUACUAAUUACUUGAAUUUUCAGAUGUUAAUGCAAACGGAGGAAAUGGUGACCUUGUGGUCCAGUCAUAGUUUUUCUUAAAGCAGUGCAGCCAUAAUGAUGUUGAUGAUGAUGUUACAGUGAGAGUUGUGCUUUUGAAUGUGCAGAGAGUGCUGGUACAUGUAUGUCUGUCUAAUACCUACUACUAUGAAGGUCAUUCACCAGACUGAGACCCCAUAAACCCAUUACGGCCUUUGGAUUUCGAUUGUUACUGCCCUUAUGUCCUCGAUUGGAUUUUAUGGUUAUUCUUCAACUUUAAAGACAACAUUUGGAUGCUGAUAUAUAAAUUAGGCAGUUUCUCAUUAAAAAGUAAGCAAGUACGUACAGUACAUAUUUUAAUAUGCUAAAUGUAUAUUGACAUUAUUAUAAUACUGUUAAUAUGAUUAUUGUUGACAUUACUGUAUGGGAAAUUUUACCCAAUAAGUUGUAUCUCUGCACUGAUAUCUUAUUAAAGCAUAUCAAUCUUC